AUGCGUCUCCUCUAUCUCGCCGCAACCUUUGCCGCUCUAGCGGCCGCUUGGUCCAAGGAGGACCACGAAAUCUUCCGCCUCCGCGAUGAGGUGCAAAAAUCCGAGGGUCCUAACUCCACCUUCUACACCUUCCUCCAAAUCCCCCCUUCCGCCUCGCCUCCCGAAAUCAAUGCCGCAUACCGCAAACUCUCCCGUUCCUUGCAUCCCGACAAAGCCCGCAGUGCUUUCAUCGCAAACUACAACAAACCUCCCGCCGUCAAAGGGGAGAAGGUGGUUGUGAAGAAGAACAAGAAACCUUCCGAAUCCGAAUUGAAGAAAUUUGGCAAGGAAGCGACGGCGAGAUUCGAGAGAUUGAGUCUGGUAACGAAUGUGCUGAGAGGUCCGGAACGCGCGAGAUACGAUCACUUCUUGAGAAAUGGCUUUCCCGCGUGGAGGGGUACGGGAUACUAUUAUGAGAGAUUUCGACCGGGUCUGGGGAGUGUCAUGAUUGGAUUGUUCAUCUUCGUUGGAGGAGCUGUCCACUACGCCGCGCUGUUCCUAUCCUGGAAGAGACAUCGGGAGUUUGUUGCGAGGUACAUCAAACAUGCUAGAAGAAUGGCUUGGGGGGAGGACAGUGCUGUGGGAAACAUCCCGGGUCUUGAUGAUGCUGCUGCUGCUCCUACAAGUGCAAGUGGAAGUGAUGCACAGCAAGAGAGCAUGCAGUGGAAUCGCAAACAGAAGAGGGAAAUGGAGAGGCAGAAGAAGAAGGACGGGAAGAAUCCUGUCAAGGCUGCCAAAAUGGCCGCGGCUGCGGAAAAGGCGAAGUCGGAGGGCGCUUCUACCCCUGUUGAGCCGGAUUCUCCUACUCUUGGACCCGUGGGUGCCAAGAAGAGGACCGUGGCGGAGAAUGGUAAGGUCUUGAUCGUGGAUUCCGUGGGAAAUGUCUUUCUCGAACAGGAGACGGAAGAGGGUGGCAGGCAGGAGUUUCUACUUGACCCGGAAGAAGUCCCUCGUCCGACAAUCUACGAUACCGUUCUGGUGCGCUUACCGCUUUUUAUCUGGAAUCGCUCCUUGGGACAAUUGUUGGGCAAACAGACUUCGGAUCAUGUCGUAAGCGAGUUGGUCGGGGAUGAUGAGGAGGGUGGGGAAGAGAGUCUGCAGGCUGCUGUUUCUGCCAAUGCGAAUGAGGAGGCCAGGAAACGGAAGGGAAGGAAGUAG